AUGGCUCAAGUGAGUAAGCCUGCGAUGAAGAAAACGUCAACAUCUGUUCCUUUGGGGAGGAAUAAGAAAGAAGAGGAAUUCUGUAAAUGCUUUAUUGGUGGCUUAAGCUCUGAAACCAUGGAAGAAAGUCUGAAGAACUACUACAAGCAACGGGGAAACCUUACAGACUGUGUGUUAAUAAGGCAUCCUGCCAGCCAAGAACCAGGAAGAUUUGGUUUUGUCACGUUUUCAUCCAUGGCUGAGGUGGAUGUUGCCAUGGCUGCCAGACCUCAUUCCAUUGAUGGGAAAACGGUUGCACCCAAACGUGCUGUCCCAAGAGAGGACUAUGGAAAGCUGGGGGCUCUUGUCACUGUGAAGAAGCUGUUUGUUGGUGGAAUUGAAGAAGAUACUGAGGAGCAUCAUCUUAGAGAUUACUUUGAGAAAUAUGGAAAAAUCGAUGCCAUUGAGAUAAUUACCGAUAGGGAGUCUGGAAAGAAAAGAGGCUUUGAAUUUGUUACUUUUAAUGACCAUGAUUCCAUGGAUAAGCUUGUGUUGCAGAAAGACCUGAUCAAUGGUCAUCAUGCAGAAGUAAGAAAGGCCUUGUCUCGACCUAAAAUGCAGGGAGUCCAAAGUUCUAGAGGUGGAAGAGGAGGCAACGUCAGUUUUGGAGACUCUCUUGGUGGUGGUGGAAAUGUUAGAGCAGGACCAGGACGAGGAAGGAAACUUGGAGGAGGAGCUGAUGGAUAUGGAAGAGGACAUACAUUUGAGGAUGGCUGUCAUGGGUGUGGAGGAGGAUCUGGAGGUGGCAAUUUGGGGGUUAGCCCUGGUUAUGGAGGAGGACAAGGAGGAUACAGUGGUAGAGGAUCUCGAUAUGACAACCUGGAUGGGGCCUCCAGAGGUGGUUUUGACAACUAUGGAAGAAGAAAUUAUGGAAGUCGUAAUUACAAUGAUUGGGACUUCCCUGGUGGUCCAGUGACACAGCUCCGAGCGUCCGUCCAGCCCCGGGCUCGCGCUCUUGCGGAGGAGAGAGAAGCCGUUCUGGGUCCGGCCGUCCUGCGGCAGGAGCCUGCUCCGUCCGGGUUGCCGGAGCCGGCAGAGCCCAGAGGGAAACCGACGGAAGGAGCGGCGCGUUUUUCUAGAGAGAGCGCGAGCGAAGAGGCAGAGCCGGAGCGCGCGGGGGAGCAUCGCUUCGAGCGCGGCGGAGACAUGAGGACCUACUGGCUGCACAGCGUCUGGGUGCUGGGCUUCUUCCUGUUCCUCUUCUCGCUGCAAGGUGAUGAUGUAAGGAUCAUUAACAUUGUUUUGAAACAGAUGAUACAAGAUAUGUUAGUUAAGCCGGGUAACCUAAGAAGAGUUAAGGCAUCCUGCAUAAGUUCUGAUUUUCUGCAAAGUGGGAACGUUGCCGUUGCCUUCAUCACCGCCGCCAUCGUUGUUGUCUUCAAUGUGCGUGCAUGUAGCGAGGCCCCUUUGUUGGAGAUUCGGGAGAAACAGUUCCUUUUCUCUAAGGCACUUGCAUUCGAAGGAAAUAUCUGA